UUUCUCUCCGGUAAUUUCACUCUCAUGAAUCCUGAAUAUUUUUUCUCCCUUUCAUUGGGUUUUUUCUUUCUCUUAUCAUUUUGUUUGCUGCUUUUGAAUUUGAAUUUCUUCAGUGGAUUUUACCUGGAAGGAAAGUGAAAGAGAAAGGAUGUCAAGUGUAGCAACAUAUUGGUGUUACACAUGCAGGCAGCCAAUCUUGUUAGCAGGGAGAGAUGUCACUUGCCCUUAUUGUGAUGGAAGCUUUGUGCAAGAACUUAAUGAGAGGCAAGGCAUUGCACCCCAACAUGGCUUUUCAUCAUUAGAUCCUCAAGCGCCUGACAUAUUCGAUGCUAUUCACUCUGUUAUAGGUCAAAGAGGUUCUGCACCUAGAAUUGGGCUUAGAGAUGCUGUUGACAGUUAUAUGAGGCGGAGAAUGGCUGGUAAUAGAGACCCAAACUUUGAUAUUAGAAGGGGGUCUGGUUCUGGCCUAGUUCCUGAACAGACUUGGGGUGUUUUUAGUUCUGGUUCUUAUCUGAUAGUUCAUGAUCAAGGUCCUGGGUUCUCCUUGCCUACUGGUAGCUCAAGAGGUGUUCCUAGACGCGUCGAAUUCGGUAUGGGUCCUGGACUAGAACAACUUAUUGAACAACUCAAUGUCAAUGAUCGGCUUGGUCCGGCUCCUGCAUCGCGCUCUUCGAUUGAUGCAAUGCCGACUAUUAAGAUCGCGCAGGCACAUCUUCGCUCUGAUUCGCACUGUCCGGUUUGUCAAGAAAGAUUCGAGCUGGGCUCUAAGGCCAGGGAGAUGCCGUGUAACCAUAUUUAUCACUCGGACUGUAUUGUUCCUUGGUUAGUUCAGCAUAACUCGUGUCCUGUUUGCCGAAUUGAGCUGCCACCUGAAGGACGCAGUCGUUCUCGGGGUGGUCGAAAUUGGGGACGAAGAAGGAAUGCCAAUAGCAAUGAGAAUAGCCAGCUGAACCAUAGAAGGAGAAAUCCACUAUCGUUUUUGUGGCCAUUUCGUUCUUCCAGUUCAAAUGCUAAUUAAUCAUUGUGCUGAGAAUGGGGGAAGCAGCUCUUACGUGAUCAGAACAAAGGAAGAAGUUCUAGUGGAUGGCCCUCUGAUACUAAAGGUUUCAUUUCUCUCCUGGAUAAGUAUACUUGGCCGUAAAAUAAUGCUUGUAAAUUUGAAUGAUAUGAAUUAAAAUUUCUGAAGAUUGUACAUUGAACUUAAGUCUCACUGGAUACUAGAUAGAAGUUUGUGAAAAUCUUUGUAAAUGUAAUUUACUUGGAAGCAUCUUAAACUAUUUGUAACUCAGUUUACAUUUUGUAUCUUAGACUCUUAGUAACUCAAUUUACCUUUUGAUUUAGUA